UUGGCUCGAGACGUGUAUGCCUGCCCUGCUGGGAGGAGUUUUGUACUCUUUGUGGUCUCUGCCGGCAGUGGGUGCGGAGAAACUUCCUUGUCAGACUCCUAGGAUUUCUGUCUAGCGUGUAUUGUUUAACAAACUAGGACACCACAUUACAGUGAUUCCUUACCGCUCCGUGUUUACACAGACAGUGCCACUUUUGUUGACGCUCGUGAACUACAUUGGCUUGGUAGCGGUAAUGCGGCAGUGCUCUUUUUGUGACCAUGUACUCCUAUUGAGACGAAAAGUUUGAAACAAAAGAAUCCGUAUGAAUGAACGUGUGGCACACACAACAGUUACCUUAAAGGACUGGUGUUGACAGUUGGCGAUGAUUCUGAAGUACUGGAACUGAAACUGCUGCUGUCGGGUGCUGUGGCACAGAUUAACUUUACUCGCACAUGGUUUGGUCAGCCCGUUUGUAGACAAUUUUCCUCACCUGGGAUACGGUACUAUAUAACAUGGAUAACUAUUUUACUGAGGGCACUCGAGUCUGGUUAAAGGAAAAUGGGCAGCAUUUUCCAAGCACUGUCUCUUCAUGUGCAGAAGGAGUCAUUGUGUUUACAACAGAUUAUGGUCAGGUUUUCACUUAUAAGCAGAACACAAUUACACGUCAAAAAGUCUCCAUCAUGCACUCAACCAGUAUUGAAACAGUGGAAGACAUGGCAACACUCACAGACCUCCAUGAAGGAUCUAUCCUAUACAACCUCUAUCAGCGAUAUAAGCUGGAUAAGAUUUAUACCUACAUUGGAUCCAUCCUUGCCUCAGUAAACCCAUACAAGAUUAUUCACGAACUGUAUGAUCACAGCUGUAUAGAACUGUACAGCAAGCACCAUCUUGGAGAAAUAGCACCUCAUAUCUUUUCUGUUGCCAAUGAAUGCUAUCGUUGCCUAUGGAAACGCCAUGACAACCAAUGUGUCCUCAUCAGUGGUGAAAGCGGAGCUGGUAAGACAGAAAGCACUAAACUCAUUCUCAAGUUCUUGUCUGCAAUGAGCCAACAUUCUCUGGAGGUGUCAGCAAAGGAAAAGAGUUCUCAUGUGGAAAGAGCCAUACUGGAGAGUAGCCCAAUAAUGGAAGCAUUUGGAAAUGCAAAGACAAUAUACAACAGCAACUCAAGUCGAUUUGGCAAAUUUAUUCAACUGAACUUUUGUCAGAAGGGGAAUAUUCAGGGGGGUAAAAUUGUUGAUUGUAUCCUUUUGUAUAGUAGGACAAGAGCGUUAAAUGAUUUGAGGUGCAUUGUGUGCAGCUGCUAUUAUCCUUCUUCAAAUGUAGUUAGAGUAACACAUGAUGGAUAUUGCAUGAAAAGAGAAAGUGGGUCAUGUGUCACUCACAAGGUCAUGUCUUUUCUGAGUGCACCUAGAAGGGCUGACUCUAAAGAACAUUGCUUUGGCUGUCCGAAUUAUGCCACUGUCACUAUUAUGGCAGCAGAAGCAAGAAAGUGA